AUGCACGAAUUAAUGAAUUUGUUUGACCCGAACAUGAAGUUGGCAAACAACGAUUACGGUAAAAAUAAUUAAUUCUCUGUAUUUUCAUUUUGAACACCGAUGAUGCAGACAACACUUUGGUAUGAUAAUUAUCAGGGUGCUGUUUACCCUCUGGAUUUACAUGCGCCCCCGGCAAUUGGUCGUUUCAACAGGAAAUCCUCAUCUUCUCUCGUCGAAAUAUGCUCCAAGUAUAUUGUCAGAGAUUCGAGUUUAACUUUACACACGGUACAUUGUGUUCCAAAAGAAGUUCGUGUAUGCUUAAUGAAGGAGGCGUUGAAGGACAACAAAGACAGAGCCAUAGAAGUUUUAAUAUCCAAUUGGCACAUGGAAUCUCUGGUGUUAAGGGACCUAACACCAAAUCUUUUUACUUCACUGCAACCUCUGCACGACACAUACUACCUGUCUGACAUAGUGAGACAGGGACUGCGGUAUACAACAUGCCUGGCUCAUACUUUCCUGGAAUGUGUGAAAAAGAAAAUGCCGACAAAGCUGCGUUUUCUUGACAUGUCUGGGUAUCCAACAGCUGAGGUUAUCCUGUACUACCUCGCUACACACUGCAUGUUGGCACACAAUGAGGCUCGUCAGACAGCAAUGGUGAACAUGUACAAUACUGCCAUACAGUACCUCCCAACAAACAGAGCUUCUAUGCAUGCAGAUAAUUCCUUACCCGAGUCUGUGUUGGUGAUAAAAUUAGACGCCUUUGUUACCUCGGACCAGACUCAUGCAGAGUUGUGUAAAGCUCUAAAGGUGUCCGGCUUUCCAGAAAGUAAACUGAGAUUGUGUAUAGAGAAGUUAGAUGCCACCUGUCUUGGAGAACCAAAGAUUACAAUAAUGCUCAAACAGAUAGAUAAAAUGAUUUUAAAAGGGAUUCGACUGAAGUACAACUCGCUGACUUGUGAUGAAUUUAUGAAAAUGGAACCUGAACUAAGAAAGUUUCAGAAUCUGACAGCUUUGGAUCUGUCAUGCAACACCAUUCACCUUUAUCAGAAUGACACUGUAUGUGAAAGAAUGUCAGAGACCUUGGCAUCACUCCCUCAGCUAACAAGAUUAGAUCUUAGUAAUAACCGAAUCAAAAACCGACUCCGACUUAUACUACAACAGAUGAACCAAUCACUGAGGUAUUUAAGAUUAUGUGGGUGUGGUUUAACAAAUUUAGACUUGACUUACCUUGCCCAUUCCCAUCAUACCUCGGGACUGCAGGAACUGGACAUCAGUGAAAAUACUUUAUCAACUUGUGCCAUUAGUCUAGGACAACUUUUUUCUUCAGCUGGUCCUUCCUUAUGUGUGUUUGAAGCAGAAGAGACAAAACUGAAUGAUGAAGUCUGGUUUACCCUCAUACAUCAUAUGCUAAGCCUUGAAAAGUUGUUGUACAUGAAUCUUGCAGAGAACAACUUCAGUGCCAAUACUCUGCAGUGCUUUAUGCAGGUUUUCGCCUCCCUUCCUGAGGUGACAUGUGUGCGUAUUCCUUACUGUAGGGAGUGUUAUCAUUUGGAUGAAAAUACCACGGAUGACCAAAUCAGCAUGAGAAAAAUGCAAUUUAUUGUUGACCUUUACAGUGUGGCUGACCAGGUUAGAGGCCAACAGAAAGACAGAUUAAAAAUAGUUGCAAAUGACCUUUCAAGAAUUGAUAUGGAUCAUAUAUGAGUACAUUGUUUAUAGAUAAAACUUGGAGAUAAAAUGUAUGAAACUGCCAAAAAUAAA